AUGCUGUUGUUCUGUCUGUGUUGCCAUGAUGAGGUCCAGCUGGCUGCACAUAAACCCUUCUGGAUGACACGGCAGUUUCCUUGUGAUGUCAUAUCCAACAAAACUUCAAAUACGGUCAAAUUUGACUGUAAAGGCCGCCAUCUAGAGGAAGUACCAAAAGGUAUAACUACUAAUGCCACGGAUCUAGACUUGUCAGAAAAUGUCAUUAGGAGUAUUAAAGCUGAUUCACUCUCUAAUCUGCUGAAUCUGGCACAUCUGAAUCUCAACUGGGCAAACAACACCAAGACUGAUUAUGGAUGCCGAGCACUGAAGAUCGCUGAAAAUGCUUUCAAAAAUCUGACAAAACUGAAGCAACUACGACUGAGCGGCAACUGUCUGACUGAAAUUCCACGCAAUCUCCCCCACAGUGUGGAAAAACUUGACCUAAACAUUAACAAAGUUAAUAUGGAUGAACUGAACAAUAGCUUUAUUGGCUUGCAAAACAUGAAAAUGCUGUUGUUAUCUAAAAACUGCUACUUCCGCAACCCUUGUGGGAAGUCUGUCGCUAUCAGCGAAAACACUUUUGCACUACUGAAAAAACUGAAAUACCUGGACUUGUCUUAUAACAACUUAACCCAUGUUCCUAAAGGACUACCCCAGUCAAUUACAAUCUUACGUCUGGAUACCAACAAAAUAGAGAACAUAUAUAAAGGUGAUUUUCAAGGGUUAGAAAAUGUCAAAUUCCUUGAUAUACAAGGCAACUGUCCAAGAUGUCACAAUGCUCCGUACCCUUGUGUUCCUUGCCCUAACGGUUCUAUUGACAUACAUCCUGAUGCAUUUCAAAGACUGACACAGCUAGAGACACUAAACCUGGGAGGAAACUCACUAAAUUACCUUGAUCCCUCUUGGUUUCAAACGCUAACGAAUCUUACACAAUUGUUUCUGGAAUUUAACUUUUUACAAAAAGCUGUAACUGGUGAGGACACAUCGGUUAAAGCUUUCAGUUAUCUUCACAUGCUAGAAAAACUUGACCUGUCUUUCAAUUAUGCUGUUGGUAUGUACCUAGAAAAAUUAACACUUUCAAAAGACUUUUCACAGCUCAGGUCACUGAAAAGUUUGCAUUUGAAUGCUUUGGUAUUCCAAAGUAUUGGACCAGACACACUCACGCCUCUGUACAAUCUGAAAAAUCUGUCUCAUUUGUACUUAAGCACUAACUUCAUUAUUCACUCUGACCCUACCGUGUUCAGCAAGCUUUCCCACUUAAGAAUGAUAUAUCUCGGAGAAAACAGGUUAUAUCCCACUACAGUAGAAAGUCUACCAACUCUAAGAGACAGAAAUAAUGAGAAUUCAGAAGUUUCUAUGUCACCAUUCGUAAAACUCACUCCAAAAGACUCAAUUUAUGAAGUACUACACAGGAAUACAAAGCAAGAAUGCGCCAAUUCUGGACGAGUGCUCAUCCUCAGCUCAAAUAAUCUGUUCUUCAUUUCUCCAAAGCAGUUUGUGGGCUAUGGAAAUAUUUCAUGUCUGAACCUCUCCAGAAAUGGAUUUUCACAGGCACUUAAUGGCACAGAGUUCAAGAUGUUGCCUAAUCUGACAUAUCUGGACUUAUCCUUCAAUAGGGUUGAUCUGGCCUAUAACAACGCCUUCAAAGAACUAAAGAAAUUACAAGUACUAGACCUCAGUUACAAUUCACACUACUUUAAAGCAUUUGGGGUAACGCUCAAUUUAAAUUUUACACAAAAUCUACCUGUGCUAAGAGUCCUUAAUAUGAGUCAUAAUGAGAUUUCCACACUGACAACAAAAGAGAUGUAUAGCAAAUCAUUAGCAGAACUUAUAUUUGCACAAAAUCAUCUAGGGAAACUUUGGAAAGACAGGGAUAGCUCAUACAAGAAACUUUUCACUAAUCUCUCUAAUUUGACAGUUUUAGAUAUAUCCUUUAAUGGCAUUGCAAAGAUUCCAGAUGAUGUUUAUGAAUAUUUGCCACAUAACCUCACCACACUGCGCAUAAGUCAUAACUGCCUCAGUGAUGUUAAUUGGGACAAACUGCCUUUCCAUCAACUUCAAAUUUUGGACCUAAGUUACAAUUCUCUGUCUACUUUAACAACUAUUAACUCAAACAUCACACAAACUUUGACUUUCCUUGACCUGAGUCAUAAUCACAUUUUCCAUGCAGACAAUUGUUUUUUAAAGAGUCUAAAAAGCCUCACGACUCUAAGCCUGAGUAACAACAAAUUGACUAUUGUCAAUGAAACUACCUUCAAAUCAGGACCUGCAAACCUGACUCUGUUCCUACAAGGAAAUCCAUUCGAGUGUACUUGUGAUUUGUUAGACUUCGUCUUGUGGAUUGAACAGAGUGAUGUAAAGAUCCCAAGACUCACCACUCAGGUGAAUUGUAACACACCAGUGAACUUAAAGGGACAAGGAUUGAUACAUUUUAGCAUUCAUCAGUGUAUAAAUCCCAGUCAGGCAUUUCAGAUCUACACUCUAACAACUUCUAUCAUUAUUCUUUUCAUGGUUGUUUCAACAGUUGCUCACUUAUUUUACUGGGAUGCUUCCUAUGUCCUACACUAUAUGAAAGCUAAGCUGAAAGGGUACAGAUCCUUGAACUCGCCAGAUACUAUUUAUGAUGUCUUUGUGACAUAUGACACAAAAGACCCACACGUCUCUGAGUGGGUGAUGAGCAAUCUGCGGGUGCAGCUGGAGGAAGAGGGAGACAAGAUACAUCCACUGUGUCUGGAAGAGAGGGACUGGCCCCCAGGAGUCCCACUGGUGGACAACCUCACCCAGAGCAUCCAGUACAGUCGCAAGACUCUGUUUGUCUUAACAAAGGGCUACGUUAAGACCGGUGCUUUCAAGCUAGCAAUGUAUCUGGCCCACCAAAGACUGCUGGAUGAAAAUGUGGAUGUGAUAGUACUGCUAAUGCUGGAGCCUGUCCUGCAGCAUUCUCACUUUCUGCGCUUGAGGAAGCGACUGUGCGAGAGCAGUGUUGUAGAGUGGCCGCGAACAGCAGCCGCAGAGCCCUGGUUUUGGCAAAACCUGCAAAGUGUCAUAAGAGUAGAUAAUCAAGUGAUGUACAACAAGACCUAUUCAAAAUACUUCACCACCAAGUGAAGAAGGUCUUGUUUUAAAACUAUUGAUUCAUGCAUCAUUGCUUGCUUGGUUCUUUUAAACCUUCUCUCGUUUGCCUGAGACUUAUAAACAAAGAAACUACAAAACUUAUUUGCUAACAAUUGCUGAGAGAGCACAGCCUACCGAAUAUUUGUAAAUGUGAAACUGUUAUGUGCUGUAUAUUAUCAAAUAAAGCCUUUUCAAAAUGUG